GCGCGCCCCCGGCUUCGGCUGGGGCUUCCCGGCUUAAUUGUCCUCGGCGGGAUUAAAGUUGGAAAUUGAGCGGAGAAUUGAGUUGCCCGGGAACAGAGCCGUGGCCACCGCCAGAGUGAUGUUCCCGCAGAGCCGGCACCCGACGCCGCACCAGGCUGCAGGCCAGCCCUUCAAGUUCACUAUCCCAGAGUCCCUGGACCGAAUUAAAGAGGAAUUCCAGUUCCUGCAGGCCCAGUAUCACAGCCUUAAAUUGGAAUGUGAGAAACUGGCAAGUGAAAAGACAGAAAUGCAGAGGCACUAUGUGAUGUAUUAUGAAAUGUCAUAUGGAUUAAACAUAGAAAUGCAUAAACAGACUGAAAUCGCCAAGAGAUUGAACACUAUUUGUGCACAAGUCAUCCCAUUUCUGUCUCAGGAACAUCAGCAACAGGUGGCCCAAGCUGUCGAACGUGCCAAACAGGUGACCAUGGCAGAGUUGAAUGCCAUCAUCGGGGUACGUGGCCUACCAGGUCUACCUCUUACACAGCAGCAGUUGCAAGCUCAACAUCUUUCUCAUGGCCAUGGGCCCCCAGUCCCCCUAACACCUCACCCUUCGGGACUUCAGCCUCCUGGAAUCCCACCCCUUGGGGGCAGUGCUGGCCUCCUGGCACUGUCCAGUGCUCUGAGUGGGCAGUCUCACGUGGCAAUAAAAGAUGACAAGAAGCACCACGAUGCAGAGCACCACAGAGACAGAGAACCAGGCACGUCCAGAAUACCUGCGGUUGAAAAGAGUACUCAUUUUAAAAAAAGUCUUAAGCCAGUUGUACAAUCAAGAGGUCACAAUCCAUAUGUGAAAUUGAGUAAUUCCCUCUUGGUCCCAGAUAGUCUCAGAGGUACAGAUAAACGCAGAAAUGGACCAGAAUUUUCCAACGACAUCAAAAAAAGAAAGGUUGAUGAUAAGGAUUCCAGCCAUUAUGACAGUGAUGGUGACAAAAGUGAUGACAACUUAGUUGUAGAUGUGUCUAAUGAGGACCCUUCUUCUCCAAGAGCAAGCCCCGCCCACUCACCCAGGGAAAAUGGAAUUGACAAAAACCGCCUGCUGAAGAAAGAUGCUUCAAGCAGCCCAGCAUCCACAGCCUCCUCAGGAAGUUCCACUUCUUUGAAAUCCAAAGAAAUGAGUUUGCAUGAAAAAGCCAGCACGCCUGUGCUGAAAUCCAGCACACCAACGCCUAGGAGCGACAUGCCAACACCAGGCACCAGCGCCACUCCAGGACUCCGUCCAGGCCUCGGCAAACCUCCAACCAUGGACCCCCUUGUUAACCAAGCCGCAGCCGGCCUGAGAACACCGCUGGCAGUACCUGGUCCCUACCCUGCACCCUUCGGGAUGGUGCCCCACGCGGGCAUGAAUGGAGAGCUCACCAGCCCUGGUGCCGCCUAUGCCAGCCUGCACAACAUGUCCCCUCAGAUGAGUGCGGCAGCCGCUGCUGCCGCCGUGGUGGCCUACGGGCGUUCCCCUAUGGUUGGGUUUGACCCUCCUCCUCAUAUGAGGGUACCUACCAUCCCUCCAAACCUGGCAGGAAUCCCUGGGGGCAAACCUGCAUAUUCCUUCCACGUCACUGCAGACGGUCAGAUGCAGCCUGUCCCCUUUCCCCCCGACGCCCUCAUUGGACCCGGAAUCCCUCGACACGCUCGUCAGAUCAACACCCUGAACCACGGGGAGGUGGUUUGUGCAGUGACCAUCAGCAACCCCACGAGACACGUGUACACGGGUGGGAAGGGCUGCGUCAAGGUCUGGGACAUCAGUCACCCAGGCAACAAGAGCCCCGUCUCUCAACUUGACUGUUUGAAUAGAGAUAACUACAUCCGUUCCUGCAAAUUGCUUCCUGAUGGUUGCACCCUCAUAGUGGGAGGGGAAGCCAGCACUCUGUCCAUUUGGGAUCUGGCUGCCCCGACCCCUCGCAUCAAGGCGGAGCUGACAUCUUCAGCCCCAGCCUGCUACGCUCUGGCCAUCAGCCCUGACUCCAAGGUCUGCUUCUCGUGCUGCAGCGAUGGCAACAUUGCCGUCUGGGACCUGCACAACCAGACACUGGUGAGGCAAUUCCAGGGCCACACAGACGGGGCCAGCUGUAUUGACAUUUCGAACGAUGGCACCAAGCUUUGGACUGGUGGCCUGGACAACACGGUUAGGUCCUGGGACCUUCGAGAAGGGCGGCAGCUGCAGCAGCAUGACUUCACCUCACAGAUCUUCUCCCUUGGAUACUGUCCCACUGGGGAGUGGCUGGCUGUGGGCAUGGAGAGCAGUAAUGUGGAAGUCCUCCACGUAAACAAGCCCGACAAGUACCAGCUGCAUCUCCACGAGAGCUGUGUGCUGUCUCUAAAAUUUGCUUAUUGUGGUAAAUGGUUUGUGAGUACUGGAAAAGAUAACCUCCUCAAUGCUUGGCGGACCCCCUAUGGAGCUAGUAUAUUCCAGUCCAAAGAGUCCUCAUCCGUGCUUAGCUGUGACAUCUCUGUGGAUGAUAAGUACAUAGUCACUGGCUCAGGGGACAAGAAGGCUACAGUCUAUGAAGUCAUCUACUGAAAACAUGUCAUUUAACAUUUAUAGUUGAUUUGGGCCAAAAUGGUUUGAAUUUGUAGAAAUAGGAAACUUGUAACUUAAAAAAAAAAAAAAGAAAAAAGAAAGGAAAAAAAAAAAACAAACAUGAAAACCUAUUUCCAAGCCUCGACACAGAAUGACUUUGAGUUGACAAAGAGGCGGCGACAGAGUCCAUCAACAGAAGGGUCGCUAUCUACCUAGACCAAAUGGAGCGUCAAGAUGAAGUGGACAGAGGGCCAAGGGUUGAGGCUUGAGGGACAGACGGACCCUGCUGACCAACCCAGGCAGAGCCCUUUUUUCCCCCCUUCUUCCUGUGUGACCUGCCCAGUAACCUUUCUGUUCCUUGAGCUUACCCUCUCGUUCCGUUCUUGGUAGAGCAGUGGUGUCUCCAAUGAACUUGUUUCCUGGUUUUGCAUCUUGUGAAAUGUUUUUUUUUUUAAUUUGUAUUUUUGUUGAAGGUUAAACAUUUGUAUAAAUUGUAAAUAUAUUUGGUUUAUUACAGUAAAGGCUUUAGUACCAGUAA